AUGGCAGAAAAUGAUGAUGUUUCUGAUGAAAUUAAACAAACUAAAUCACGAAAAACUUACACAAGAGGUUCAUUCAUUAAAACAAUAAAAGAAUAUUUAAAAGCAAAUGGUGAUGAAAAUUGUAUGGAUGAAACUGUUGAACUUAUUGAACAAUUACUUAUAGAGUUUAUAUUGGAGUUCACACUUAAAAUUAGACAAGAUGAACCAACAAAACAAAUUAAACCAGAAGAUGUGUUGAUUCAUCUCAUUAGAGAUAGAAGAAAAUUUGAUAGAGGAGCUUAUAUAUUGUGUCAAGAGAUAAAAACAAAUAGAUACAAAGAAGAAAUAAAACAAAGUAAUCAAACAGAAGGAAAAUAA